GGAGGAGAACAAUUUCCAAAAGCUGAUCCCUUCAUUUUAUCUGUCGGACAAACACCCCCUUCAUAGUCAUGCAUAAACUCCCUAAAUUUAGCCUUCAGCUGUACAAUCGUUUAUCCCUAUUGUACAUAAAAAGCGCAAGGCGUUGAGGGCCUUUACCGAUUCUUUCCAGCACCUCGCAUAUCACCGGCCAUCUCUUCUUGGUAUUUGCAAUUUCCAAUGCCUCACGAUUAUAUAAAUGAUGAUCUGGUAUUGCGUUCAGAAAUAUCUGCUUCUUUUGUGGUAAAGUGAGUAAAAUUGUGUGGCUACAUACAUCAGCCAUGGAUUCUCCUUUCUUUGAGGAUAUCUUGGAUCCAUCAAAGUGCAGUAAGUUGAGAAUGGAGGAGAAGCGGGAACUUGUUUACAAACUAUCAAACAUGCCAACCUUUUCACCUGAAAUGCUACAAUCUUGGAGUCGUCAAGAUAUAUUGGAGAUACUCUGUGCAGAAAUGGGAAAAGAAAGGAAAUAUACUGGCCUCACAAAGUUAAAAAUCAUAGAGAGCCUUAUAAAGAUUGUCGCCGAGAAGAAAAGGAAGAAUUCACCCCUAGAAAAUGGAAUUUCUAGCAGUAGUAAAUCAGAAAAGAACCAGGGGAGUUUUAAAAGGCAGAGAAAACCCGAUCACUUCCAUGAUGCUACAAGUAAUGUUUUCAGUGACCUGGGGGAUAAUGGUGUCAUACACUGCAAAAAUCUGGCUUGCCGAGCUAGAUUAAAGAGUGAAGUCUCAUUCUGUAAGAGGUGUUCAUGUUGUGUUUGCCGGGAAUAUGAUGAUAACAAGGAUCCUAGCUUGUGGUUAUUUUGCAAUUCAGACCCGCCUUUCGAGCAUUGGGGGGAGUCUUGUGGGAUGUCAUGCCACCUUGAGUGUGCUAUUAGACAUGAAAGAUCUGGAAUUGUUUUCAAUGAUAGUCAAGACAGAGGAGGAGGGAUCAAUGGAAGCUUUAAUUGUGUGUCUUGUGGAAAAACUAAUGAUCUUCUCGGUUCUUUGAGAAAACAACUGGUGACAGCAAGAGAUACCAGACGCGUAGACAUAUUGUGCUAUAGGAUUUCUCUAAGCCAAAAGAUUCUCGGGGAGGCCAAAAAAUGUAAUGACUUGUGCACUGUUAUGGAUGAAGCAGUAAAAAGGCUUGAGGAAGAAGUGGGCCCUUUAUCCGGUUCUCCAGUGAAGACCGCAAGGGGCAUCGUUAACCGGCUUUCUUCUGGUCCAGAGGUUCAGAGACUUUGUGGUUUGGCAGUUGAAUACUUGGAUUCUGUGCUCUCAAAGAGAGUACUCAAAGUUGCAGCUGGUCCUACUAUGGAAGGGGAGGACCAAGAACAAGAAGAAGAAGAUGAUGAUGAUGAUGAUGAUGACGACGACGAUGAGGAGGAGAAAGACCUACCUGGCUUCGCUGGAGAAAUUGCAGAAGAGGUGGUGUCGACAAUUUCGCAGCUAUGGUCGAUGGCGGAACUGUAGUCCAGGGUAGAUGGAGAUCAAUUGGGGUGGAGAAAUCACAUGUUACGAUCUACUGUAGAAGUCAGAGGAGAAGAGACAACUUUCUUCUGGGUCUGGUGUUUAAUUAGUUGAGAGGUAAAACUGUAAUUUGGAGUCCUAUUUAGAGAAUAAUAAACUUAAAGUCCUAUUUAGGAACUUAGGCAAUGUUUUAGUCCUAUUUAGGGCAACUUCUUGUAGAAAACUAACACCAUUCUUCGUGUUAAGACAUCCCACCUUAAAAUAAAUAAAUCAACAUAUAGCACCUCUAGCCAAUUUCUUUAUUGGGUUUAUCUUUUGGGAUCUCAAGUCUUAAAAUGGUAUUGGGGUAUAUUAAGCUCAAAAAAUGAAAAAUCAAUUGGUUACAAUUGGCACCUUAAUACAUCCUGAUAUUUUUUGCCAUUUAGACAUGUUUGUGAAUAUAGAAUAUACCAAUCUCCAUUCGAGACAAAAGAAAGAUGGGGACUGAGGACCUUCUAAUAUUGCAGAUUCUAAUCGGACGGCUUCAAAGCUAAUUAGAUUGGAAGACGUUUCUACCACAUUUGUCACCGUCAUCCUUACCUGUGAAGAGUCAAGGUUAGGAAACACUGUUGGUUACACUAUGUGGCAUCGCAAAGCAGAUGACUCAGACUAUCCCGUGGAUCCGACGUGCACAUUGCUGGGACCAACCACCAGGUUUGUAAUGUCUGGGCUGAUUCCUAAUACGGAGUAUCUUCUGAAAUUGGUCUUCCCUGCAGACAGUAAAAGAGAGUUGGGAAUAUGUGAGCUUCAGUUUCGGACAAGAGAAGAAGCAGCAGCUUCAGUAAAUGAUGUUCCACACCCGAAUACUCAGAAUUCGGAAGAAGCCCAUGUAAGAAGCUCGGACCUGCAAAGAAACAACCCCCCUCAAGGAGACAAUACAAGUGUUUCUUGUUACACUGAUGAUAGUAAUAAUGAUGGCAACAUCACUUGUAUGGAUGUCUUAUUAUGCUGCAAUGAUGAAGAAAAAAGCGUGGAAGAAACUGCAGCUACCACCCAAAUAGAAGAUGAUGUUGAUGAUGAUGAUGAUGAUGAUGAUGACGACGACAAUGAAGAAGAAGAAGCAACAAGCACCGACAAUGGGGGAUCGAACACGCCCCCCUCGGGGCUGCCCAUAACACCACCUUACAAGGGGGAGAGUAGAUCCCAACCGGGUGAGUCCAGCAGAAAGGAGGAAGGGAAUGCACAGGUUGGGACAAGCUCCAAGAAGAAGAAAGAGAGGGGGGGCGAAAGAGAGGAAGAGUGGGAAGAUGACGUCCUCGGGGAGGGAGACAAGGGUUUCGAGUACUAUGUGAAGGUAAUCAGAUGGUUGGAGUGCAACGGCCGUAUCGGGACGGGAUUUAGGGAGAAGUUCUUGACUUGGUACAGUCUGAGAGCGACCCCUCAAGAGGUCCGCGUCGUGAAAACGUUUGUGGAUACUCUGAUUGAAGAUCCUGAGUCACUGGCAGCUCAAUUGCUCCACAGUUUCUCCGAUCUCAUCUCCAAGCGCAGCAGCAUCAGCAACUCUUCUCUUGUGCCGUCCGGGUUUUGCCUUAGGCUUUGGCAUUGAAAUCGCUGACUGCUGUUGUUAGCCACUCUAUACGUGCUCACUCUUGCUCGAUGACUCUUUAGUUAGGAUAUUAUUACUAUGAUUAUGAUUAUGAUUAUGAUUAUGAUUAUGAUUAUGAUUAUGAUUAUGAUUAUGAUUAUGAUUAUGAUUAUGAUUAUGAUUAUGAUUAUGAUUAUGAUUAUGAUUAUGAUUAUGAUUAUGAUUAUGAUUAUGAUUAUUAUUAUUAUUACUAUUAUUAUAUCUAUUAUUAUUGAGUUCGGUAGCAGUGGGUCACUUAGUCUGUAUUAACUAACUAUUCGAAACAAUAAAUAUUGUUACUCCAUAAUCCGUAUCACUAAUAACUUCUAUAUCAGUAUGAAUAUUGUUGCUAAAGUUUUGAUACUUGUUGUCCUUUCGGA